CGUGGCGAACGCAGGUGAACGUGCUUCUGAGUCUACGGAAAGUCUCACUGCAUCUUUGCGACCCCUAUAACGCCGGGAUUGUCGGCAGCAUGAAGCCCCGUUGGGCGACUUCACUCUUCCUCCUUCUUGGGGCCGCCUGUUACGGGGCGGGUCUGGUGCUGGGCAGGGUGAUCUCGGACGAACUGCUGGAGUGCUACCGCGACCUGGGCGCGAACCCGGUGCCGCUGAGCACCGCCUCGCUGGUGACGCUGGUGCGCAAGGUGGAGCGCAUGGAGAACGCCGCCACGCUCGACCUUCGCACUCUCUCCUACACGCUGCUGCACAGGUUCCGCGCGGACGGCUUGGAGCGCGAUCCGGACGCGGUGUUCAGCGAGUUUGUGGUGCCGGUGAGGCAGAGCGGCAGGCAGGCGCUCAAGUGGGACAUUCUGGCCGAGCAGCUGCUGCCGGGCAACUCGCUGCUCUUCCCCGAGGAGAGCCUCACGCACCACGAGAAGUGUGCCCUGCAUAUAAUGCUAUCGAGUUCAGUUGACCCUUCCGAGUGCUUCUCAAAGGGGACCAACAACUCAACUGCUCCAAUGUAA